GUGGAGAUGCAUAAGAAUACUUGUUUGGUCAUUUUAUUGUCGCAAGUCUUUCUUUCGGUCGUCCCUAAUCAAUGGCGCAGAACAACGGUGUUCCCUCCUCCGGCGACGGCCUCAUCCUCAGCUUCGGUGAGAUGCUCAUUGAUUUCGUCCCCACCGUCUCCGGCGUCUCCUUGGCCGAGGCUCCCGGAUUCCUCAAAGCCCCCGGCGGCGCUCCUGCCAACGUCGCCAUCGCCGUGUCCAGGCUCGGUGGCCAGGCCGCCUUCGUCGGCAAGCUCGGCGACGACGAGUUCGGUCACAUGCUCGCCGGGAUCUUGAAGCAAAACGGCGUCAGAUCUGAUGGCAUCACCUUCGACCAGGGUGCACGUACUGCCUUGGCCUUCGUCACCCUACGCGCUGACGGCGAGCGCGAGUUCAUGUUCUACAGAAAUCCAAGCGCUGAUAUGCUCCUCAAGCCAGAAGAGCUCAACCUCGAACUCAUCAGAUCGGCUAAAGUAUUCCAUUACGGAUCGAUAAGCUUGAUCGUGGAGCCGUGCAGAUCGGCACACCUAAAGGCAAUGGAAGUUGCCAAAGAAGCUGGGUGCUUACUGUCUUAUGAUCCAAACCUGAGGCUGCCUUUAUGGCCUUCGGCUGACGAGGCCCGCAAGCAAAUACUGAGCAUAUGGGAUAAGGCAGAUGUAAUCAAGGUCAGUGAUGUGGAGCUCGAGUUCCUUACCGGUAGUGACAAAAUCGAUGAUGCUUCUGCCAUGUCAUUGUGGCAUCCCAAUUUAAAGUUGCUGCUCGUGACUCUUGGUGAGCAUGGUUCCAGAUACUACACCAAGAAUUUCCAUGGAUCGGUGGACGCUUUUCAUGUCAACACAGUUGAUACAACUGGCGCUGGUGAUUCUUUUGUUGGCGCCCUCUUGUGCAAGAUUGUCGACGAUCAAUCCGUACUUGAAGAUGAAGCAAGGUUGAGAGAAGUCCUGAAGUAUGCAAAUGCUUGUGGAGCAAUCACAACCACAAAAAAGGGAGCAAUUCCCGCCCUUCCCACGGAGGCUGAUGUGCGCAGCCUGAUCAAUGGGGCAUAGAGUGUCUUGAUUUUUAGUUUCCUUUUUUACCCCUCCUUGCCUUGCUUAUCCUUCCGAGUUGCUUGUUAUCAAAUUAAGAGCGACAUUGUCUCUCGGCUUUCUCUCUAGUGUUUUUUUUUUUUCA